AUGUCAGAUUCGAAGAACAGCAUCUUGCAGAAGCUUGGCGUGUUUGGUAGCAAGUGGGUGAAGAAACUAUACUACAAGAUCCCCAUCGCAGUUGUCUCGACCGGUGUUAAGUAUGAUACCUUUGUGGUUAAGGCUGAUGAAGAUCUUAGGGUUUUGUUCCAUUGCGUAAGGAGUUUUCCGGAGAUCAGAAUCCAUGAGUUGUUCGCGAAGUUGGAGGUCGGUGUUGAAAGUUCUGGGGCAUCCACUCCAGUUCCUGGCUCGACUGCCGCCGGAGGUGCAUCUAGUUUGAUGCCUACGGUCAGACCGUAUCUUCCACCAGUAGCAUCCCCUUCAUUCGCGGCUGAUUUAGACCGAACAGAGGUUGUUGGUUUUGUACCUUUGGAGAAUGCAGUAGUUUUUGAGCCUCCUCACGAUGUCAGCACUGGGGGUGGCCUGUUAACUUAUAUGGAAGGCUUUGGUGGACCCGAUCGAGUAGAGAAUGCAAUGUGUGACGAUGACUCUGACCAGGAGCCUGUUGAUAUCGUAGGGGACAGCGACGAUGACACAGGUGCAAAUCCACAUACGCAGCAUAUGCCUUCAAGUUCUGCUUCUCAGCAGUACCCUCCACACUUCUCCACACUAAACUUGGAUGCUCUGGCUCAACAGGAGAACGGUGGUAAUACAGUCGGGGGCUCUUCUACAGAAUUUCAGAUCGGGCAAUUAUUCCAGAACAAAGAUGAAGCUGUGCUGAGUGUGAAGGACUAUAGCAUCCGGCGAGGUGUUGAGUACAGAGUCAUCGAAUCAGAUCAUCUGAAGUAUCAUGGAAAAUGCAAAGAAUUCGAGAAGGGUUGUAGUUGGUUGAUUCGAGUAGCCCUGCGUGCACGUAAGGGAACUUGGGAGGUUAGGAGGUACAACGGGCCACACACAUGCUUGGCAACCUCUAUUUCGAGUGAUCACCGUCAGCUGGAUUACCACAUCAUCUGUGCGAGGAUUCUUCCGUUGGUUAGGGCAGACGCUGCGGUUACAGUAAAGGUAUUGCAACAAGUUACAGAAGCUGAUUACGGGUUCCGACCUAGCUACAGGAAGGUUUGGAUGGCCAAGCAGAAGGCAGUGGCACAAAUAUAUGGCGAUUGGGGAAGAGUCGUAUGCGGACCUGCCACGUUGGAUCUUAGGGGUCCAGUCAACAAUGCCCGAAACAAUCACGGUGUUGAAGACCUUUCCCGUUCGGCUUCGUGUAUUGAUGGUACCCACCUGUAUGGCAAGUAUGGAGGGACGCUGCUGUUGGCGAUAGCGCAGGAUGGGAACUCGAACAUCCUACCGAUAGCAUUUGCCCUUGUGGAGGGAGAGAAUGCAGAGUCGUGGUUAUUCUUCUUGUCCAACCUACGAGAGCAUGUAACUCCUCAGGAGGGUAUCCUUGUUAUCACCGACAGGCAUAAUGGGAUCAAAGCAGCGCUUGAGGCACCGGAGAAUGGGUGGCUCCCUCCCCGUGCUUUCCGAGCGUACUAUAUUCGGCAUGUGGCGGCCAAUUUUGCCCUUACGUUCAAAGGUAAGGACUUAAGGAGGAUGCUGGUGAAUGCUGCCUACGCAAAGACUGAAGCAGAGUUCUAUUACUGGUUUGACAUCAUGCGGACUGAGAAUCCAGCAAUGUGUGACUGGGCCAACCGGAUGGAGUACGACAAAUGGACCCAACAUGAGGAUAGUGGUUGA